UCCGCGUGUGGGGCUCUUUGGACGUCCCAGUACCGCGUUCUGUCCAGGAGAAGCCAGCUCCUCCCGGCCCGCCCGGAGCCCGCGAUGCCCGCGCCGCAGUGCGCCUCCUGCCAUGCGGCGCGCGCUGCCCUCCGCCGCCCGCGCUCCGGCCAAGCGCUGUGCGGGGCCUGCUUCUGCAGCGCCUUCGAGGCCGAGGUGCUGCACACGGUGCUGGCGGGCCGCCUGCUGCCGCCCGGCGCGGUGGUGGCCGUGGGCGCCUCGGGCGGCAAGGACUCCACGGUGCUGGCGCACGUGCUGCGCGAACUGGCGCCGCGCCUGGGCGUCUCGCUGCACCUGGUGGCCGUGGACGAGGGCAUCGGCGGCUACCGCGACGCGGCGCUGGCGGCCGUGCAGCGCCAGGCGGCGCGCUGGGACCUCCCGCUCACCGUCGUGGCCUACGCAGACCUCUUCGGGGGCUGGACGAUGGACGCCGUGGCCCGCAGCACGGCCGGCUCCGGCCGCAGCCGCGCCUGCUGCACCUUCUGCGGGGUGCUGCGGCGCCGCGCGCUGGAGGAAGGGGCGCGCCUCGUGGGAGCCACGCACAUCGUGACCGGCCACAACGCCGACGACAUGGCGGAGACCGUGCUCAUGAACUUCCUGCGGGGCGACGCGGGGCGGCUGGCGCGGGGCGGGGGCCUGGGCUCGCGGGGCGAGGGGGGCGCACUGCCGCGCUGCCGCCCCCUGCAGCUGGCCUCGCAGAAGGAGGUGGUGCUGUACGCGCACUUCCGCCGCCUCGACUACUUCUCGGAGGAGUGCGUCUACGCGCCCGAGGCCUUCCGCGGCCACGCGCGCCACCUGCUCAAGCUCCUGGAGGCGGCGCGGCCGUCGGCGGCGCUGGACCUGGUGCACUCGGCCGAGCGCCUGGCCCUGGCCCCGGCCGCGCGGCCGCCGCCCCCGAGCGCCUGCUCCCGCUGCGGGGCGCUGGCCAGCCGCGCGCUCUGCCAGGCCUGCGCCCUCCUGGACGGCCUGCAGCGCGGCCGGCCCCGCCUGGCCAUCGGCAAGGGCGGCGGGGCGCGCGACGAGGAGGGGCCGCCACCCCCGCCGCCCAGCGACCCCGGUUCUGCGCCCGGCCCCGCCGGCGGGGAGUGCGGGGCGGCCUGUAAGGAGCGCUGCGAAUAAAGCCCCUCCGCCCGGGCUUCGGUGUGAGGUUGGGAGGGGGACGGACGGGACCGGUUACCGCUGACCCCGCAGAAGCUGAGGCCGGGGCUCCUGGGUCUGAGGGAGGAGGGCCUGGGGGGGCUGUGGGCCAGGACUCCGAGGUCUGA